GUGGGCAAGAUGCGAGCGGAACACGGCGGACGGCUGGACGCGCGCUCACCUGAGCUGCCUCCGCGGCGCGCCGAUUCCUAGAAGUCAAAAGUGGAGGAAGCGAGCAGCGGCAGAAGUAGGCAGCAGGGAGGACACAACAUGAAGUACCAGAAAUAUAUAACGGUGAUGCAGAUGGCCAUGGGAGUGACAGCAUCCAACAAAGACUGCCUCCCCGUCAAGAGACAGCUGUGGGUGACCCCAUCAGAUGGAGARACGUCCCCCCCAGAUGCUCCCGGGUGUUCUGAUGGGACUGUUGGUGCUACCGGUGGCGCCGGUGCUACAGCUUUGCCUGCCACCUCCACUCUCUCGUUGCCUGUGAGCCAAGGUAAACCUUCCCUGCGCCGCAUCAAAGGUCGGAUGCAUCGGAGCAAGAGCCUGGACAGCCUGGACCUGCUCGACUCCAACAGUGCAGCUGUGGAGGAAACGGUCAUAUGGGAACAGCACACAGUGACCCUUCACAGGGCUGCUGGAUUUGGGUUUGGCAUCGCCAUCUCAGGUGGGCGAGACAACCCUCAUUUCCAAAGUGGAGAGACGUCCAUUGUGAUAUCUGAUGUAUUGAAAGGAGGUCCUGCAGAGGGUUUACUACAAGAAAAUGACCGAGUUGUUAUGGUCAAUGGAGUCUCAAUGGACAAUGUGGACCAUUCAUAUGCUGUUCAGCAACUUCGCAAAAGUGGCAAAAAUGCAAAGAUUACUAUUCGUCGGAAAAGGAAAGUACAAAUCCCAGUUUCCAAGCCAGGUGACAGAGAAACGAUGUCUGAGCACGAGGAGGACUACAGCGACGAGAAUGAAGAUAAAGCUUACGAGCAACGCAGCGGUCGCGUUGGCCAGAGUCCCCACGGGGGCGCGAGCGGGGGCACCAGCAGACGUCAGGACCGUGAGCGCAGCAACAGCGGGAGGCGGGAUCACAGUGCCUCGCGUGAGAGGAGCAUCUCACCACGAUCUGAUCGCCGUUCACAAGCUUCAUUAGCUCCACCCAAGCCUUCCAAGGUCACCCUCGUCAAAUCCCGCAAAAAUGAAGAAUACGGCCUGCGGCUGGCCAGCCACAUCUUUGUGAAAGACAUCUCUCCAGAGAGCCUUGCUGCUAGAGACGGAAACAUCCGAGAGGGAGACGUUGUACUUAAGAUCAAUGGCACAGUUACAGAGAACCUCUCACUGGUAGAUGCCAAGAAYCUGAUUGAGAGGUCAAAAGGCAAGCUGAAGAUGGUGGUGCAGCGAGAUGAAAGAGCCACGCUGCUCAACAUUCCUGACCUUGAUGAUAGCAUCCCAUCAGGCAAUAACUCAGACAGAGAUGAUAUUUCAGAGAUACAUUCACUGACAUCAGACCAUUCCAACCCCUCCCACGGGAGAGGUCGAUCACGUUCCCCCGACAGGAUAGAAACGGUGGACCACCUCCGCCACUCACCUCGGCAGAUGAGCAACGGCAGCCAUCGAAGUCGAGAUGAAGAUCGCAUUUCCAAACCAGGAGGCGUGUCCACUCCGGUCAAAAGCUUUGAUGAUGGUGUCUUGUCUCAGGCCAGUGACCAGGCCAGCUCCAGAGAUGACAAACAGUUACCUCCACUGCCUGAACCAAAGCCAGUUUAUGCACAGCCUGGUCAGCCUGACGUGGACCUGCCUGUCAGCCCGUCUGAUGCUCCUGUUCCCAGCGCCGCUCACGAUGACAGCAUUCUUAGGCCAAGUAUGAAGCUGGUCAAGUUCAAGAAGGGAGAGAGUGUCGGUUUGCGGCUAGCAGGAGGGAACGACGUGGGAAUAUUUGUGGCGGGAGUUUUGGAGGACAGUCCAGCUGCCAAGGAGGGGCUGGAGGAGGGGGACCAGAUUCUCAGGGUGAAUAAUGUGGACUUUGCAAACAUCAUCAGAGAAGAGGCCGUAUUGUUUCUGUUGGAUCUCCCGAGAGGAGACGUUGUUGACAUUCUGGCUCAGAAGAAAAAAGACGUGUACCGGAGGAUAGUUGAAUCGGACGUGGGCGACUCCUUUUACAUUCGGACGCACUUUGAAUAUGAAAAAGAAUCUCCGUACGGGCUGAGCUUCAACAAGGGGGAGGUUUUCCGUGUAGUGGACACGCUUUACAAUGGCAAACUGGGCUCCUGGCUCGCCAUUCGUAUUGGCAAGAACCACCAGGAAGUGGAAAGAGGCAUCAUCCCCAACAAGAACAGAGCCGAGCAGCUGUCCAGUGUGCAGUACACCCUUCCUAAAACACCAGGGGGUGACAGAGCCGACUUCUGGAGAUUCAGAGGUCUGAGGAGCUCGAAGAGGAAUUUGCGAAAAAGCAGGGAGGACCUGUCAGCCCAGCCGGUUCAGACCAAGUUCCCAGCCUACGAGAGGGUUGUGCUGCGAGAAGCUGGGUUCCUGAGGCCCGUGGUCAUCUUUGGACCGAUCGCGGACGUGGCCAGAGAGAAACUAGCCAGAGAGGAGCCAGACGUUUUUGAACUUGCGAAAACACAACAACAACAAGGAGGGGAAAAGAGCGAACCGAGGGACGCAGGAACUGACGUGAAAAGCUCUGGCAUCAUUCGCCUGCAUACUAUUAAACAGAUCAUUGACAGAGACAAGCAUGCAGUGCUGGACAUCACCCCUAACGCAGUGGACCGCCUGAACUACGCUCAGUGGUAUCCAAUUGUGGUGUUUCUCAACCCAGACAGCAAGCAGGGCGUCAAGAACAUGAGGACCAGGCUCUGCCCCGAGUCCAGGAAGAGCGCGAGGAAGCUUUAUGAACGAGCCCUGAAGUUAAGGAAGAACAACCUCCACCUCUUUACCACAACCAUUAACUUGAACAGCAUGAAUGAUGGUUGGUUUGGAGCGCUGAAAGAACUGAUCCAGCAGCAACAGAACCAGUUGGUGUGGGUUUCAGAAGGAAAGGCGGACGGGGCAGCUGAGGAUGACUUGGACAUCCACGACGACCGCCUUUCCUACCUGUCGGCGCCAGGCAGCGAGUACUCCAUGUACAGCACCGACAGUCGCCACACGUCCGACUACGAGGACACGGACACAGAGGGCGGAGCCUACACCGACCAGGAGCUGGACGAAACGCUGAACGACGACGUGGGCCCUCCGACCGAGCUCGCCAUCACCCGCUCCUCCGAGCCCGUCCGGGAAGAGCCGCCCGUCAUCCAGGAGCCCCCCGGCUACGCCGGCUACCCGCACUCAUUGCAGCCGGACCCCUUGAACCGCAUCGACCCAGCUGGGUUCAAGGCACCGGCGCCGCAGCAGAAAGCAGAAGCCGCUGUCACACCUAGCGUCUCCCAGCAGGCAGAGCCCCUGGUUGAGGCAUUUCCCCCUCCUGCCGACGUUUCUGUAAAAACUGUAGGGGCUCUGAGCCCCGACGAUGCUCCUGCAGCUCCUUACAGCAAGCCGGCCCCCAGCCAAGAGGCUGGCUCGCUCAGGAGGCCCACCCCUGAGCUAGCCCCUAAGAGCAUCACACCAGAACCUCUACAGUCCGGACCGGCCAGUUCAGAACCAAAGAUGUUUCAGAAGGAUCCCUACAGCAUGGACCACGCGGGGAGAAUCGGUAACAGCAUGAAGCCGAUGAAUUACAGCCCCCAGCAGCCGUACCACCCUGACCAACAGCCGUACAGAGAUUACGACCACCCGCCCAGUCGGUAUGACGUCAGCAGCGGUGGAGGCGGUUACACAGAACCAAAGUAUCGGAGCAGCGAUCAUAUCCCGCUCUAUGAAAACAGCGUGCCUCACUACGACCAGCAGCAGUGGAACCCGUACGGUCAGUCCCACUCCGCUGCAGGCCCCCUGUCGUAUGAUGUCCGUUUGCCUUACAGCGAUGGCCCCGAUGCACAGUACACCCCCCCUCUACGCUACGACGAGCCCCCGCCCCAGCAGGGAUUCGACGGGCGGCCCCGUUACGGUAAACCAGCAGGUCAGGGGCCUGUCCACCACGACGACCUCCCGCCCCCUCCCCAAGGGUCCGAUCAGCGGUACGAUCAGGACCCCCACCUGAGCGCGUACCCUUCAGCCGCUCGCUCCCCGGAACCCGCCGCCCAGCGACCCGCCUACAACCAGGGAGCGACGUCGCAGCUGAAAGGCCACAAACCCCAGCAGUACGACCCCGCUCCUGUGAACUACGAAGCCAGCCGUAUGAAAGCGGACACCCCCUCACCUUCCCCCGCGGAGGCUCCAAAAUCUGCUCCCGUCAGAGAGGAACGUCACGAAGAGGACCCCGCCAUGCGGCCCCAGUCGGUCCUGACGAGGGUCAAGAUGUUCGAGAACAAACGUUCUGUGUCUGUGGACCGAGUCAGAGAUGGAGGGGAUCCGUCUGGGAAUAAGGCAGCUGAUUUACCCUUUAAAUCAGGUGGAGUGAUUCCUAAAGCUAAUUCUCUGAGCAACCUGGAUCAAGAGAAGAGCUUAAGAGCUCCAGAACCUCAGAAACCACAGUCCAAGGCAGCUGAUGACAUAGUUCGCUCCAAUCAUUACGAUCCUGACGAGGAUGAAGACUACUACAGGAAACAGCUGUCUUACUUUGACAGACUUCAAGUUGGACCUAACAAACCACAAGCACAAACAACCCACAGCUACCCCAGGAUGGAGCCAGUAGAGAAACCGAGUCCAGUGGAGAAAAAAUAUGAACCAGUUCCCCAAGUGACACCAUCCCUGCCACCAGCCAUACUGCCUAAACCAUUGUCUGAAGCUAAGCCUCCUGUCCGGGAGAGCACUGUCCAGUCCAACUUCCUGCCUCAGAAGAGUUUCCCUGAGAAGACUCCAGUUAACGGAACGAGCGAACAGCUUCCAAAGACGAUCUCCGGCUCGGCGCCGUCGACCACUUACAACCGAUACCCCAAGCCCUUCACCACCUCUGCCAAACCUUUUGCACGCAUGUUCGACAGUCCUAAAUUCAACCACAACCUUCUGCCCAAUGACAAACCUGAGAGUGUCCCUAGAGCCCAAAGCUCCAGUCCAGUGAAGCCUCAGAUAUCCCCACAGCCUCAGAACGCAGACCAUGACAGCGGUUUGGACACGUUCACUCGCACCGUGGAUAAUCGCUCCAAACUCCAGCAGAACAACAUCAACGCCGUGCCCAAGGCCAUCCCAGUGAGCCCCAGCGCCCUGGAAGAAGAUGACGAUGAAGAUGAGGGUCACACUGUGGUUGCGACGGCUCGCGGCAUCUUCAACUCCAACGGCGGCGUUCUGAGCUCCAUUGAGACGGGCGUCAGCAUAAUCAUCCCGCAGGGUGCCAUCCCUGAGGGGGUGGAGCAGGAGAUUUACUUCAAGGUGUGCCGAGACAACAGCAUCCUGCCGCCACUCGACAAGGAGAAAGGAGAGACUUUGCUCAGCCCUCUGGUGAUGUGUGGACCUCAUGGCCUGAAGUUUUUGAAACCCGUGGAGCUCCGCUUACCUCACUGUGCGUCUAUGACCCCUGAUGGUUGGUCUUUUGCUCUAAAAUCCUCCGACUCCUCGUCGGGUGACCCAAAAAGCUGGCAGAACAAGUCCCUCCCCGGAGACCCCAACUACCUGGUGGGAGCCAACUGUGUGUCGGUGCUCAUCGACCACUUUUAAGGGUGGCCCCCCCGGUGCCCCCCACCCCCCACC